AUGAGCAAGAAAGAGAGCGCCUACGGUGCACCAUCUGCUGGGACUGACUUUCGAAAAACAUGGGAUAAAGCUGAAUAUGAGGCCAAGGCCAAAAAAAGAGAUGAGGAAGAACGCGAAAGGAUGAAAGAAGCAGAUGAAGCACUUCAGAAAGGUAAAAAGCCUCGCCGGAAGCAAGUAGAUCUGCCUAAACCUACGGAACUUAUGAAGCAACGAGAGGCGCCCCUGGAACUAAACAAAAAUCAAAACAAAACAAUGAUCGUUCAAGGGAGUUUGCGAGGUCCAGGUGCCCCCGGAUUUUACUGCGACGUGUGCAGCAGAACUUCCAAAGACUCGUCAUCCUACCUCGACCAUCUAAAUUCCCGAUUUCACCUGCGGCAGCUUGGUCAAAAGACACAAGUGGCAAGAUCGACGAUAGACCAAGUAAGGGCCAAGAUCGCUGAAAUGCGAGAAGCUACCAAGCAACAGGCUGCUUCAAAACAGUAUGAUUUUACACAGCGAUUGAAGGAGAUCAAAGCGGCCGAGGAAGCCGAACGGGAAGCCAAGCGGCUUAAGAAGCUCCAGGCCCGUGAAGCUCAAGCAAAGGCCAAACCUCCGCCAGGUGUUUAUCAACCCGCCGAAUCAACCGAAACAACGGGUGAAAAUGGUGGUGACGAGAUGGCGAAACUGAUGGGAUUUUCGGGAGGAUUUAAAUCUCGGAAGUAG